AUGCCUGCCAACGAGACACAAGCUGUUGGGGAUGGUCUCCAGUUGGUGAACGAGAAAGACUUCGACGCCAACAUCAGCUCAGAGUGGCUGUCAUCGGAUGACAGGCAUCCCGAGGAAGCCACGCGGUUUCUGGACCCGGAGCAGGAGGAGGGCAAAGAUGGCGAUGUAGAGGCUGCCGCCGAUCACCACCCCGCGUCAGAAGCUUCGCCGUCCGAAUUGGACGCCCGCGAACCCUUCGACCCGAUCUUGUGGUCGGCCAGGAAGCGCUGGACUCACAUUCUGGUGGUCGCCUUCAUAACAUGCGUCACUCCUCUGGCAUCUGCCGUGUAUACGCCCGCGCUGGACCAGGUGAUUCGCGACUUCAGCAUCGAAGACAACCCCUCGCUGGCGCACCUGACGGUGUCGGCGUACGUGCUUGGGUUCUCGGCGGGCCCGCUGCUGAUCGCGCCGCUCAGCGAGGUGCUGGGAAAGAAGCCGGUGUACCAGUUCAGCAAUGUGCUUCUUCUUGUGUGUAAUCUGGGCUGUAUGGUCGCGCCGUCGGCCGAGUGGCUCGUCUUCUUCCGGUUCGUGGCGGGGUGCGCCGGGGCGAGCCCGAUCACGCAGGGUUCCGGGACGGCGACGGACGUCAUGAAGAAGCACGAGCGCGCCCGGGCCUUGUCGGUGAUGGCGUUCGGAAGCGUUUGUAGUCCUGCGGUCGGUUCUGCCCUCGGAGGCGGGAUUGCCCAGGUCUGGGGGUGGAGGGGGUGCUUUGGGUUUCUGGUUUUUAUGUGUUCGAUAAGUGUUGUACUCACGCAGUGUCUCAUGUGCGAGACGCAUCUGCCGGUGCUUCGAAGAAAGUUCGCAGCAAUGGGUAUUGUUGGCGACGUUAACGGAGAGAAGGACAUUAUUACUGAAGCCCCCAAACCCAUGAGGACGUUGCUUUACAAGGCGGCGAUUCGACCUUUGGCUCUGGCCUUCGAGCCUAGUAUCCUGCCCGCCAUUAUUGUCACAUCGUUCUUCUACGGGCUCCAGGUCUGGCUGUACAUCGAUGUGCCCAUGACCUAUAAGGAGGUGUAUGGAUUCAACACCGCAGAGGCGGGGUUGGCGUUUGCAGGUAUGGGAGUAGGCAUGUUCACCGGACUCCUCAUCUUCGGCUUCCUCAGCGACGUCGUGGUAUCACGGCUGGCCAGGGGCGGAGAGAGAUUGCCUGGACACCGCCUUCCACUGCUCAACGCUGCUGCCAUACUAGUCGUAGCUGGCAUGAUCAUCUACAACACGACUGCCCGAUCGAGUGUGUCUUACCUCGUGCCUCUACUGGGCGAGUACCUCAUUGGCUGUGGGCUGUUUGCCAUAACUAUGACGACGGCCGUGUACAUCAUCGAUCUUUCACCUCAGCAUGCGGUCGCCACGGGUGCCGCGAUCGCGCUUCUCAGAUACCCAUCCGGAGCGCUGUUUCCCUUGGCGGAGCAUGCUCUUGAAAGCUUUACCAGCAACAGCAGCGCGAAGUGGUUCAUUACCGCCGCCGCCGCUUCGACAGUACCACUCGUGGUCUGGCUUCAGUUCAACUGCGAGAACUCCACCAACGACGCCGACGCUGUUGCGACAACCGAGAGCUACGAACUUGCGGACUACAACCCCAUCACCGCCCGCAAGACUGCGGAGGACCGAGAGGCCCAGCGAGAGCAGAAGAGGAUCUGGAAAAGACGGUGGCUUGAGGAGCAAGACGACAUGAAGUUCUCACACAGCAUCCAGUUUAAUGCUGUUCCGGACUGGAGCAGCCAUUACAUCGCGUACAGCAACCUCAAGAAGCUGAUCUACCAGCUUGAGAAGACCGUCCACCAGACCUCCGGAGGCGACGCCGAAUCGAGACCCCUCAUUCGAAAUGAAGAGCCCGAAGAAGUCUUCAGUCGCGCCCUGGGCGUAGAGCUGGAGAAGAUCUGCUCCUUCUACGUGGCCAAGGAAGGCGAGCUCCUCGACGAUGUCAACCAGCUCCUUGGCGACGUCGGCAACUUCUCGUCCGAGGAGGAGGAGAACGGCGAGCCCAGACGGUCAUUUGGCAGCGGCUCCCGCCCGGGGAUGUCAGGGACGAACGGGGCGAGGUCCGAAUCGAUCGAUGGCAACAUGGAUGACAGCGAUGACGACGAGGAGGACGACGAGACGACUGGACUGACAAAGAGUCGGUCCAGCCUCGGCGGCGGCGCCAGACGGAAGACGGCGCCGAAUUUGGGCCACUCGGCGACAGAGCUGACGGCGUCGACCGAAUUGACGCUGGGCAGGUCGUUGCGACGGUACAGUACCGCGCAGGACGAGAUGCCGGACCAGUCCUUCCUCUACUCGUCGAGCAUCAUGCUCAAGAAGCGCAUCAUCAGCCUCUACGUCCAGCUCUGCGAGCUGAAGUCGUAUGUGCAGCUCAACAGAACGGGUUUCCGCAAGGUUCUAAAGAAAUUCGACAAGAUCCUCGACAAGGAGCUGCGGCCCAAGUACAUGUCUGCGAACGUCGACUCGGCGUAUCCUUUCAAGGUGGAGAGCAUCAAGACGAUCGAGGAGAACAUUUCCAAGAUUGAGAAGGCAUAUGCAGAAAUCGUCACGCAAGGCGACGAGAACCUCGCCAAGCGAGACCUCAGAUCUCACCUUCGCGAGCAUGUUGUCUGGGAGCGCAACACUGUGUGGAGAGACAUGAUUGGUAUGGAGCGUCGCGCAGAAGCUGCCAGCUUGGGCAGAACGCUUCUGGGUAGGGACGGCAUGUCAGGCUCCCGGCGCCUCCAGGGUGACGAUGAGCUCGCUCCGAUCACCAAGGAGGUGGUGACGCCCAUGGGUCGCUUCGUCGUCCCGACCUGGGUGGCCAGCACACCUCUUCUCACUCUUCUCAUCGCGAUCACCGUUUUCAUGCUGCUCCUCUUCAUCCCCAUCAUGGAGAAACCUGAGCAGCAGAACUGCUUGGCACUGAUUGUUUUCGUCAGCAUUCUCUGGGCCACAGAGGCCAUUCCGUUAUUCGUGACGUCGCUCAUGAUACCCUUCCUCUGUGUCGUUUUGAACGUUGUUCGCGCCGAGGACAAGCCGCACAGGAGACUCGAUUCAAAGGCGGCGACAUCAUAUAUCUUCUCCGCGAUGUGGACGCCUGUCAUCAUGCUUCUUCUCGGUGGCUUCACCCUCGCUGCUGCGUUAUCCAAGUGCAAGAUUGAUAAGCGCCUUGCGACCUUUGUUCUCAGCAAGGCUGGAACAACUCCUCGGACGGUGCUCAUUGCCAACAUGCUAGUUGCUGCUUUCGCGAGUAUGCUGAUCAGCAACGUCGCUGCCCCUGUUCUUUGCUUCUCCAUUAUCGAGCCAAUGCUGCGCACGUUGCCCUCCGAGUCAAACAUGUCCAAGGCUGUCAUCAUGGGCAUCGCGCUGGCCUCCAACAUCGGCGGCAUGCUGUCACCCAUUGCCUCGCCUCAGAAUGUUGUUGCCAUUGGAAUCAUGAAGCCCGCACCCACGUGGAUCCAGUGGUUCUUCAUUGUCAUCCCCGUCGGCAUCGUCUCCUUGCUUCUCAUCUGGGUUCUGUUGUUGAUCACCUUCCAACCGAGCAAGGGGACCACCAUCGCUCCUAUUCGCCCGGUCAAGGAGAAGUUCUCUGGCAUUCAGUGGUUCGUCUCUCUGGUGACGAUCGCCACGAUUGUUUUGUGGUGCGCCAGUCACCAACUGGAGGGCACCUUUGGCGACAUGGGUGUCAUUGCCAUCAUCCCCAUCGUUCUCUUCUUUGGCAUCGGCAUUUUGACCAAGGAGGACUUCAACAACUUCCCGUGGACCAUCAUCAUCCUGGCUGCCGGAGGCUUGGCUUUGGGCAAGGCCGUCAAGUCGUCUGGUCUGCUGCACACCAUCGCGGGUGUGGUGACGAAGGAAGUCGAGGGCAUGAGCCUCUACGUCGUCCUCGUUGUCUUCUCGUCCCUCAUUCUCAUCAUUGCCACCUUCAUCAGUCACACAGUGGCGGCUCUCAUCAUCCUGCCGCUGGUGUAUGACGUUGGUAUGAACAUGGACGAGCCUCACCCGAACCUGCUGGUCAUGGGCGGUGUCUUGAUGUGCAGUGCUGCCAUGGGUCUGCCGACGAGUGGAUUCCCGAAUAUGACUGCUAUCAUGAAGGAAGACCCAACUGGCCAGAGAUAUCUGCAAGUAAAACACUUCAUCAGCAGAGGUGUUCCCAGCAGUAUCCUGACGUUGAUCGUUGUUGUUUCUCUGGGUUACGGGCUCAUGAGAGUGGCCGGUCUCGACUAA